GCUCCGGAGCUGGCUGCUUCUCAGAGCCGUGCCCGGCCCGCUCCUCUCUCCAGGGUCCCUCUUAGCGCCGGCUGCCGCCCCCAGCCCCGCCAUGGGGAAUGUUCCGUCGGCCGUGAAGCACUGCCUCAGCUACCAGCAGCUUCUCCGGGAGCAUCUGUGGAUCGGGGAUUCAGUGGCAGGGGCGCUCGACCCCGCGCAGGACUCAUCUCAGGUAUCUGGACUCCCUGAGUAUGUUAAAAUAGUAGAAGUUGGACCUAGGGAUGGAUUGCAGAAUGAGAAGGUUAUAGUUCCCACAGACAUAAAAAUUGAAUUUAUUAAUCAACUCUCCCAGACUGGCUUGUCUGUUAUAGAAGUGACCAGCUUUGUGUCUUCCAGAUGGGUUCCACAGAUGGCUGAUCAUACGGAAGUGAUGAAAGGCAUUCGCCAAUAUCCAGGAGUUCGCUAUCCCGUUCUUACUCCAAACCUUCAGGGUUUUCACCGUGCUGUUGCUGCUGGAGCCACUGAGAUAUCAGUUUUUGGUGCUGCAUCUGAGUCCUUUACCAAGAAGAAUAUUAACUGUUCCAUUGAAGAAAGCAUUGGAAAGUUUGAGGAGGUUAUUAAGUCUGCAAGGCAUAUGAAUAUACCAGUACGAGGGUAUGUGUCUUGUGCCCUGGGCUGUCCAUAUGAAGGAAACAUCACCCCUCAAAAAGUGACAGAUGUGGCCAAGAGAUUGUACAGCCUGGGCUGCUAUGAGAUCUCUCUGGGUGACACAAUUGGAGUAGGAACACCGGGAAGCAUGAAAAAAAUGCUAGAAUGUGUCAUGAAAGAAAUCCCCGCAGGUGCUCUUGCCGUUCACUGUCAUGACACCUAUGGACAAGCCUUAGCAAACAUCCUCACUGCCCUUCAGAUGGGAAUUAGUGUUGUGGACUCUGCAGUAUCUGGGUUAGGAGGUUGCCCAUAUGCGAAAGGUGCUUCUGGGAAUGUCGCCACUGAGGACUUGGUGUAUAUGCUUAAUGGACUGGGACUCCACACAGGGGUGAAUCUUUACAAAGUGAUGGAAGCUGGUGACUUCAUUUGCAAAGCUGUCAAUAAAACCACAAACUCUAAAGUAGCACAAGCCUCCUUCAGUGCUUGACCUGACUGAUUCAGGACUUGUAGCUGUGAGGGUCCCUUCCAGCUAAAUACAGUCAUCUGAUCAUCCUUCAUGUCAACAUUUUCUUAAAUGUGAAAUCAUAGACAUGAGCAAGAAAAAAAUGAGAUGUUUAAAAACAAAUCACAACUGGAUGAAUGAUGAAGUCACCGGGAAUGAUAUCGGUCGUCAGGUAAAUUGCUAGCUGGAGAUAAAUAAUCAAAUGUGUAGUCAUCUGUGUGGGCACAGAAGUUCUACUCUUGUUCUUAUAGAAAAAGUUUCAGUUUAGUAAAUGUAAAAAAAUUGAAUUCAUGUUUCCGUAAGUAUCAAAUAUUGUGUUGAUUCUUAAUCAAACUUGCUUAGCACGGUGCACACAUUGUCAGUAGUUCAUGAAUUCCUGUGGAGUGGUCCAAGUGUGUGGCCUUGAUACUAAGCAUUAUGUCUCUGGAUCCCAACUUCUCACUUGCCAAGUCGGUUAAGUUAUGGACCAAGAGCCAAAUCUCCAUCUGACCCUACAUAAUUUUUACCAAUAUAACUUUUAUAUUUCAAAUAUGGCCAACAUCUGUUAACUAUUCAAUGACUUUAUCUUGUUCCAAACGGCUGUGGUCAAUGGCAAGAUGCCACAUCAUGAAAUACGUUGCAACCUGCUAUGUUUGUUACAUGCAUCCAGUUUACCAUAUUUUACCUUUCAUCAGUUAUAGUGAAAAUCAGCACAGUAUUAUUCAACUAUUGAGCAAUUGUAAGGCAUGAUUUCUUUUCCUGAUGUCUACAUUGUGGUGAUGAUAAUAGGCUGGUAUAUGUACCAUAAUCUACUUUCAUAGUUUUCAGGUCACUGGAAAAUAUCCUAAGGAUAUCUAAUUAUUAACUUAAGACUAUGGUUAUAAUGUUUGACUUAAAAAUAAGCUAUCUUCCAUUGAUUUGAAAUUCUUGAUUAUAUCAAAUAAUUUUUGGUUGACUCAUAUAGUGAUUGUUUUCUAAAGUGUAAUUGAUGACAUUUGUGCAUUGUAUUGAAAGCAUUGUCAGAAAUAGCAAAAGUUAAUAUAUCAAACAUUCAGAAGAGGAUCAGGGGAAAAUUGUCAGGAAAGAUCUCUUGUAUAACCUAUGCAAAUCAUAUGACUACAGUAUUAUUACCAGUGGGUCUAAAGUGUUAGUUCUAUUAUUCUUGUAAAAACUGGUGUAAAAUUAAUAAUUGCUUUUAUUUUUAAUAAAUUUGGAUAUAAAUUAAAAUAU